CGGGCCCCCCGGGGGGGGGCCCCCAGGGGGGGCCCCUGGGGGGCGGCCUCCCCUUCGUCGGGGGCGGCCAGGGGCAGGGGCUGCAGGGGGGCCCCGGGGGGCCCCUCAACGCCGGGGCCCCGGGGGGGGCCCCCCAGGGGGCCCCCGGGGGCCCCCGCCAUGCUGGCAACAAGCAGUACCCUCCUGGGGCGGGGGGGGGGCCCCCAGCAGCUAACAAGGCUGCUGCUGGGGGGCCCCUCGCUGCUGCAGUGCCCUCGUCGGGCUCCUCCUACCCAGAUGCCCCGCAGCAGCAGCAGCAGCAGCAGCAGCAGCAGCAGCAGCGGGGGCAGCAGCAGCACGCGUGGAGCGGUGCAGGCUCCCAGCAGCAGCAGCAGGAACCCGCCGCCGCGGCAGCAGCGCACAGCAGAUGGAGCAAGCAGCAGCAGCAGCAGCAGCAGCAGCAGCAGCAGCAACUGGGGCCCCCGGAGGGGCCCCCCGAGGGGGCCCCCCAGCAGCCCCCAGCCCUGUACCCUAGGCAAGAAAGGCAAAAGCGGUUUGGGGGGGCCCCUGGGGGGCCCCCGGGGCCCCCUGGCACUGUGGGGCCCCGUGAGGGCCCCCACGGGGGCCCCCAUGGGGGCCCCCACGGAGGGCCCCACGGAGGGGGCCCCCACGGGGGGCCCCACGGGGGGCCCCACGGGGGGCCCCAUGGGGGCCCCCAUGGGGGCCCCCGGCGCUUCAAUCGGGGGGCAGGGGGGCCCCACUUUGGCAUGCAGAUGGGAGAGGCCCCCGGAGUUGCUGCUGCAGCAGGGGGCCCCCCGGGUUCGCUGCGGCAGCAGCAGCGGGUGCACCGGGGGCCCCCCGGGUGGGAGCAGCAGCAGCAGCGGCAGCAGCAGCAGCAGCAGCAGCAGCAGCAGCAGCAGCAGCAGCAGCAGAUGUGCCCCUAUGUCCACCGCAGGGCUGGCUGCUUCAGAGACUCUGAGUGCAGAUUUCUUCACACUCGAGAGGGCCCCCAGCUGCAGCACGGGGGCCGCGGGCAGAAGCAGCUGCUGCAGCAGCAGCAGCAGCAGCAGCAGGAGCAGCAGCAGCAGCAGGAGCAGCAGCGGCAGCAGCAGCAGGACGCGGAGCAGCAGCAAGGUGUGGUGGACACCCAGGCCGCCGGCCACAGCGAUGGAGAAGCUGCUGCGGAGCAGCAGCAACGAGCUGACGGCGAGCAGCAGCAGCAGCAGCAGCAGCAGCAGCAGCAGCAGAACGAGGAGGCGGCCGCGUUGGCUGCAGCAGCAGAAGGCCCUCGGAGCCCCCACCCGGCCUACGAAGCCGCAGCAGCAGCAGCAGCAGCAGCAGCGCGAAGCAGCAGCGGGGCCGCUGGUGCGCAGCAGCAGCGGCAGCAGCAGGUGCUGCAGCAGCAGCGGCAGCAGCAGCUGCUGCAGCAGCGGCAGCAGCAGGUGCUGCAGCAGCAGCUGGAGCAGCAGCAGCAGCAGCAGCUGCAGCAGCAGCAGCUGCAGCACCACCAGCUGCUGACCGGGCAGCAGCAGCAGCAGCAGCAGGCCGAAAUGGCCGCAGCCUUCGCCUUCUCUGCUGCUGCUGCUGCAGCAGGGGGGGCCCCCUACUACCCCCUGGGGCCCCCGGGGCCCCCCGAAAUCUUUCCCCAGCUGCUGCUGGACCCCACACAAUACUUUUUGCAUUUGCUGCCUCCCCAGGGGGCCCCCCCGAACUACUUUGCUGCUUGCUGCUCGGCCCCCCCGGCCAAGAGCAGCAGCAGCAGCAGCAGCAGCAGCUGCAGCAGCAGCAGCUACAGCAGCAGCUGCCACCCCUUCGCAGCAAACUUGCCCAGGAGCACUGCUGUGCAGCAGCAGCAGCAGCAAGUUCAGCAGCAGCAGCAGCAAGAGCCGCGCAGGAGCAGCAGCAGCAAAAGCUGCGCAGCAGCAGCAGCAAAGGCUGCAAAGCAGCAGCAUAAGCUGAGAAGCAGCAGCAGCGUAAGCUGCAAAGCAGCAGCUGCAGCAAAAGCUGCACAGCAGCAGAAGCAGCAGCAAAAGCUGCACAGCAGCAGCAGCAGCAGCAAAAGCUGCGCAGCAGCAGCAGCAGCAGCAAAAGCUGCACAGCAGCAGCAGCAGCAGCAGCAGCAGCAGCUGCUGCUGCUGCUGCUGCUGCUGCUGCUGCUGCCCCUCAAUGUAGCCGCCAGCUGGAGGCAAAUCGCAGCGCCGCUGCGGCUGCCCGCAGCAGCAGCAGCAGCAGCAGCAGCAGCAGCAGAAGCAGCAGCAGCAGCAGGAGCAGCAGAAGCAGCAGCAGAAGCAGCAGCAGCAGCAGCAGCAGCAGAAGCAGCAGCAAACAAGCAAAACAAAUAUAUUUAUUUAUUUAUAUUUUUAUUUUAA